UCACUGUUCUGUCACUUCUGUCUGUUCUGUUAGUUCUGUUCUGUGUCCCAAAUAAAUAAAAAUAAUAACAUUUGAGAAAUUUGAAAUAUUUGUUUGGGUUUUUCGGUUUUUCUUAGAGUUAUGCAAUUAAUAACACAUAAAAAAUUCGAUUUAAAGACAGUGAAAGAAUGCCUGAUAGCCGAAAGCAAAUUCAUUCAAGAUAUUCUGAUCAGAGCGGGAGUUCCAGAAAGAAUAGAUCCCAUAGAUGAAGAUGGACAAAAUGAAGAACAAGCUGAAUCAACUAGAACUCAUCUACCUGCUAAUCAAAAGAAAACAUUGAGGGCAAAAUCUUUGAUGGAAUUACAGCAGAGGUUGGAAGCUUUCAACAAUAAGAAAAAAUUAUCUUAUAAAGAAAAGUUGACAAAAAAAGGUCUUAAGAAUAGGAUGAAGAAGAAAACACAAAGGACAGAGAGAAAUGCACAAGCAAAGUUGAAGAAUGCCGUGAAGUUAACAGAAAAAUCUGAAGAGAACUCAGAAAUCAAAGCUGAAAAAGAGGGUAUCAAAGUGGAACUUGCAAUACAAAAACAUGAGAAACCAGUUUUCAAUAAAGAUGAUAAAAUGGUAUUUUCUAAAAUUGAUUUCAAUAAUCUUGGAAAACAAAAAAAAGUUAAGAAGGAAACAGAUCUCAAAAAGGUAUUGAAGCUAUUAAAGGAACAAGAUAAAAAAGUGGAAGAGAUGAAACAGAGUGGUGAAAUUGGAAAGGCUGUAGAAGUUAAAGAAAAAGCAGCAUGGAAAAAUGCAUUAGCUAAGGCAGAAGGUCAAAAGGUUAAAGAUGAUCAAAUUCUACUAAUGAAGAGUGUGAAGAAAAAGGAACAAAAACAGAGAUCUAGCAAGAAGAAAUGGGAAAAAAGGAUAGAAGGUGUUGAAAAAGCAAAAGAAGAAAGACAGAAAAAGAGAACAGAUAACAUUUCAAAGAGGAAGAAAGACAAGAAAAUUAAUAAAUCAAAGAAAGCUGUGAAAAGAGGCAAGAUCAUUGCAGGAUUUUAAAAUGUAAAAUACCUAGGGUCUACUACCUAUAUACAACUGAAAUUCAAUAAUGAAUUGUAAAUAUAUUAUAUUCCAGAUGAAAUGAAUAUUCAGUAUUAUUAUGUAGUCUAUUUUUUC